AUGGGUGGGGGCUGUCUUCUUGCUUCCCAGUAUCUCUGGCUUUCCGUAGCUGUCUUCUUGCUUCCCAGUAUCUUUGGCUUUCCUAUCUUUGGCUUUCCGUCCUUGUCUUUAGCGCUGGACAUCGAAUCAGGUGGGUCUUCUCCAUUUCCUCCUCUGGUGAACACCGAAUCAGGUUUCACAUCAGGUGGGUCUUCUCCAUUUCCUCCUGUAGGUUACAGAUCAGAUGGGUCUUCUCCAUUUCCUCAUGUAGGUUACAUAUGGUGGGUCUUCUCCGUUUCCUCCUGUAGGUCACAUAGACAGGUGGGACUUCUCCAUUUCCUCCUGUGCUUCGCCAGAUUUCCUCCUGUAGGUUACAUAGAGGGCAUGUGGGUUGAUCUCCCGUUGUCUUUAGAGCUGGACACCGAAUCAGGUGGGUCAUCACCAUUUCCUCCGCUAGACACCGAAUCAGGUGGGUCUUCUCCAUUUCCUCCUUUGAACACCGAAUCAGGUGGGUCUUCUCCAUUUUCUCCUGUAGAGAAUCAGAUGGGUCUUCUCCAUUUCCUCCUGGCUGGACACCGAAUCAGGUGGGUCUUCUCCGGCUAG